GUUGUGAAGAAUUAUGGCGAAGUCGCACGGUAUUGCUGGCGGAAAUGCUGAAUUCCAUCGGCCAUGUACGGAGAAUGGUCCUCUGAUAACUGCUUGUUGUCGCGCACAGAUUUGUAUCAACACUCCACUGCCAUGUUAGCGUUGCUAGCAGUACGGGCGCGUUCGCCCUCGUUGCCAUCAAUCACUUUGCCUGCUCGAUUGCUUUCUACGCAAACCUCUGCUUCAGUGUCAGAGACUUACAGCAACAGGCCAACGAGCAGCGCUGAAUCUACGGAAGCGGUCUCGAGCUCGGGGCAGUCUGCAUCAAAGUGGGACUGGAAAUGGGUGCUCGGCAAAGCGUCGGGGCGCAAGCCCGCAAUCACGCGACCAAGGAGGCACCAAUGGCACUACUGCAAUCCAGAGUAUGAUCCCGCGGCGCCGCUGCCCGAGGUGCUGCGCUCGCCGUUCGGCCCUCCCGGCGCGGAACGCUCGCACGACUGGGCCACCUACGCACGGCACCUGCAGCUGCAGCCAGAGAACCGGAGGGACCUGAAGCGCUACCGGGCACGCUUCGUGCGAUUUAUGCAGCUGCGGGAGCUGGACUGGCGGGAGGCUUUCCAGCGGGGCGUGGCGGAGGACAGCCGCGUGUCCAACAAGGUGGCGCGCGCAAAGGCGGAGGCACAGCGGCAGGACGCGUGGAGCGACUACAAGCAGGCCAUGUGGCAGCGCGCACAACUGGCCGACUCGCACCAGUCACAUGGGACUGGGCGAUAGACUCGCACCAGUCGCAGGGGACUGGGCGAUAGCAGUGUGGUCAGAAGAGCUGCUGAGGAAGAACUGAACCCGCACCACUAGAACGCAGCAUCGCGGCGGUCAAUCCGGUGCCAGCAUUACUGCAUGGGACCAUGGCAAGUUUCCCAUUGAUGGAUGUGCACCGCACCUACUGGGCGUUGUAGCUACCGGAGUGACAUGAGGUGGAUAAGUACCGCCGGUUAUGGGUUGGCGGCAAGGUGGUGUUGACUGGUGUUGACCGACAUCACGAAUGAAAGCUGCUUGACUGUCUUUGUUGUUAUGAUGAGGAUUUGGUGAGAGGAACCACGGGCGCGCGGUAUGGCAUGCGCUUACGUAAGGGGUAUGUGCUUGUAUACCGUACGUUGCCCUUCCAUUCUCCUCGUUCCAUGGUUGUGCGAUGGGCCAGUGUUAAGGCAGGUUGGUGAAGUCCCGUUGAGUGCAGCUGAUAUCCAGACCCCAGCAGAUGGCAAACAACUUGCAACGGCAGUGCAGGAGCGCGCGGCUGGUCGAACGCCGGAGUAACUGUACCGACGAGUUGCUGGCUGGCUGGAAGUUUGCUGACGCGCAUUCCUCACGCUCCGGGCGCCCUGCCAGGCGAUAGCACCACACAGACACAUCGUAGGUCCAUGGUGUGAUAGGCACGAUCUUACACCAAUUUACACGGUGUGAGGCAGCACGUGAUCUGUGGAGCAGCAAACUCUAGUCCCAACGCUUACAGCAUCCUACGGCUGCUCCUACCCCUUAUUGCUAUUGUUAUGCAAGGCAAUGCCCUGCAGUUUGUUAUCAUGUAACUUGAAUGCCAU